AUGCAAUAUGACUUAUGGAACUUGCAGGAAAGUUCUCUUGGAUUAUCAUCGGAGGCCAAUGUUUGAACGAGAAGAGGAACCACUGACUUCCCAAUUUUGGUCCUUGAUUCAACAGGAAUUGAAGCCAUAACAUUAGAAUUUCAAUUAAACUUCCUUCUUCAUGAGAUGGAGGCAAACCGAAAACCACAUGAAGGAUAGUCUUAAUAAACUUGACGAAGUAUCGAAAGGAUGGGUUUUCCAAAGACCACGAUGAAAAUCGUGAACUAGUAGUGCAGGCUUUAAGUUCUUCCAUUUUGGAGCCGGUUUGUUGAAUAAGCCCCUUUGGAACGAAUUGAGUAAGGCAGAUCUCAAAUUCAUCAAUGUUGAAUCUUCUAUUUCCCGAUCCACUGUCCUUCAAGAACAUUUGAUAAACGACAUUUGCGAAAUCAUUAUCUGAAGCUUUGUAGAGUGCAUAGAGACGUUGGGAAAAUUCUCGAAUAUCAAUGACACCAUCGUCAUUAUAAUCCAAAAAUCUGAAGAGUCUGCCGGUAGAAAUGGAAAAUAUGUGACUCUUUGAAGGCUUUUUCAAAGCUUCAUUCGCUAACUUAAAUGUUCGAUGCAAAAUCCAUGAAGACAUAAGAGUUGCAUCGGGAUUUUUCCUGAAGAAUUUAUUGAAUUCAUACUGAGUUAGAUUCGUAGUUAAUGCUUCCACACUUUCAAAGUUACCGCCUUCUUCCUUAAUAAUCAAUUCUAAAGUCUCCUUAGUAAGAAUGCCUUGACUUGUAGCAUAGUAAUUAUAGAGGGCUCCAAGCCGAUCAUGAGUAGUUCCAUUUAAGAGAAAUCGAAUAAACUGCUGUAAUUCGAUCAGAUUUAAUACAUUUACACUUUUUCCAUGUCGUAUAAGGAAGCGCUCUAUCACGCAUUCAGGAGGAUAUCGACCCAGAAUAUUCAUUAAUACGUUAAAUGUUAUAUAAUUUUCAUUGCACUGAAUCCUAUUGAAGACAGUUUCGAUAGCUUUUAAUUGAUCAUCGGACAAUCUUUCUCCGUCAAUCUCAUUGCUGA